AUGGAGAAAUAUUUUGGAAAAAGACCAAGAAUUUUGGAUUCUUGUCCAGAACUAGAAGCACAGAAUGCUGAAGAAAAUUUGAUGGAGAAUGAUAUAAAUGAAAGUGAAAUCAAGGCAGAUCCAGGUUUGCGAAAACCAAUUGCAGAAUAUGGUGUGAAUAUCCGGGAUCGUAUUCGUAGAGAAUAUGUAGCAAAAGGCCCUUGUCAACCAAAGGGUAAUAUUUUUCAAAAAACGCGUCAAGGAAAAGAUAAUAGGAGUUUUAGAGAUGCUUGGUACAAAGAUUAUGAUUGGCUAGAAUAUAGUGAAGCGAAACAUGUCGCAUAUUGCUUUUACUGUUUUCUUUUCAAGCGUGGUUAUGUGGCACCGGGAGAUGAAGCCUUCACUAGUUGUGGUUUUUCUAAUUGGAAAAAAGCACUAGAAAAAUUCAAGGCGCAUGUUGGGGAUAAAAGUAGUGCACACCACAAAGCAAGGAUAGAAUAUGAAAAUUUUGUCAAUCAAAGAGGACAUGACGAGUCAUCUACGUCUUUGAACAAAGGUAAUUUUCUUGAGUUAUUAGAGUGGUAUGGUUUGAGGAAUGAUGAAGUUGGUAAAGUGAUUUUGAAAAAUGCCCCUGGAAAUAACCAAAUGACUUCUCCAUCAGUCCAAAAAGACAUGGCUAAUGCUUGUGCGGUGGAAACCACACUUGAUAUAUUGGGAGAACUUGGAGACAAACACUUUUCGAUCCUAGUUGAUGAGUCACGUGAUUGCUCAACAAAGGAGCAAAUGGCAAUUGUCAUAAGAUUUGUGAACAAGGAUGGCCAGAUAAUUGAAAUGUUUUUAGCUUUGGUUCAUGUCAAAAAAACUUCAUCAGUUUGUUUGAAAGAGGCAAUUGACUUCGUAUUUGCUAAGUUUAAGUUAUCUUUGUCAAGAUUGAGAGGUCAAGGAUACGAUGGAGCAUCAAACAUGCGAGGUGAAUGCAAUGGAUUGAAAGCACUAAUUUUAAAGGAAAAUCCAUCAACUUGUUAUCUUAUCUCGAUUGCCACAACAUGUGGUUCUUCUUGCAAAAGGGCUGAUAUGAUUCGACAAAUUGAGCACGAUAGACUAGUUGAAAUGAUAGAGAAUGGGGAAAUCGGUACUGGUAGAGGCCAAAAUCAAGAAACUUCUUUGAAGAGACCAGGUGAUACUCGAUGGGGAUCUCAUUAUGUCACCGUGAUUCGUCUUGCAAAUAUGUGGCAGUCAGUAACCGAAGUACUUGAAAACGUACUUGUUGAUGGAGAAGAAUAUGAAACAAGGGGCAAAGCUGGAAUGUGA